AUGCAAGAUGAUUUGGGAGGGUGGUUAUUUAAUCGACAAGAUAUUGGCAACUUCCUUAUAACCAAAUUCACCAAUCUUUACAGAGAUGAGGGGGUAACGAGCUCUCCUCCGCUGGCGGACUUUUUCCAAACUAUUGUCACCAGGUUCAAAAACUUUUCUAUUUCGGCCCUCCCGACUAAACUUAAGAUAAUGGAGACUCUCAAAAGUAUGAACCCCCAUAAAGCGCCAAGGGCUGAAGGGAUGCCUGGUCUAUUUUUCGAACACUAUUGGAAUAUUGUCGGGGGCGAUGUGGUGAAGACAAUUCAAGAUAUCUUUCUAUCUGAUCGAGUCUUGGCAGCUUUAAAUAGAACUACGGUGGUGCUUAUUCCCAAAACACUGGCAGCGUUCCUCUUCAAUCAUCUCCGGCUUAUCAGCCUUUGCAAUACCAUUUACAAGAUCUUUGCUAAACUUUUGGCUUCUUGGCUUUGGUCGCUUUUACCGAAGCUUAUUUCCCUUAACCAAACGGCUUGUACAUCUGGAUGUUGGAUUGGAGAGAACACCUUAUUAGUCAACGAGGUCAUUCAUUACUUGAGGCGCAAGAAAGGGAUUAUUGGCUAUGUUGGGAUUAAGUUUGAUCUCCAUAAAGCUUAUGAUAGGGUCAACUAG